AUGACAUCCCUCAGCGGUUCUGAAUUACCAGAAGAAGACCAGGACAAGUUCGACGUUGGCAAAGACGCCGUCUGGUCUGUGUCCUCUUAUCAACAUGGCUACGGCGUCGAGGAACUGACGGACCCUUCCCUCGAUACUUAUUGGAAGUCGAGCGGCCCUUUGCCACACCAGGUCAACAUACAGUUCAAGAAGAAGACCGCGAUAGAUGACGUCUGGCUCUACGUCGACUGCAACGUGGACAAAGCCAAUACCCCGAGCAAGGUAGCCAUAAGAUGCGGCCGCGACUUCAACCAUCUGCAGGAAAUCAAAGUGGUUAACCUUCCCAAGCCAACGGGGUGGGUCUUGAUACCGCUCUACGAUCCCGAGGGGAAGUACAUAAAGGCUAAGGUGCUGCAGAUCGCUGUAUUGUCCGUUCUUGGGAUUGGCCGGAACGCUUGCAUUCGUCGUAUCAAGGUGCAUUCACCGGCCGAGAGCCAUGACGAUUCAAUAGAAGCUUAG